UCCAAUCCGGAGCAGUUGAAGUAGCAAGUCAAGAGUAGAAGUUCUGCCAUGAAGAUCGCCAUCGCAUUGCUGGCCUGUUUGGGCCUGGUCGCCGCGGCCAGUGUCCACCAGUCGCACAAGGUCACAAUCGCCGACCAAACCUUUCUCCAGAAGCAGAAGUUCCUCUUCGAGAUCCUCUACCGCGUGGAUGAGCCCCUGGCCUUCGUGGAGUACAUCAAGAUGGGUAACAAGUUCUACUUCGAGGAGACACAUUACACUCACUAUGACUUGUACAUGACUAAGUUCUUCGAGGCCCACAAGGCACACGCUCUCCUGCCCAAGGGAGAGUUCUUCGGUGCCCUGGUGAAAUACCACGCCAAGCAGGCCCGCGGUCUGUUCAACUUCUUCUACUUCGCCAAGGACUGGGAGACCUUCAUGGGCAACGCGGUCUGGGCCCGCAUGCACGUCAACGAGGGCAUGUUUGUCCACGCCUUGACCCUGGCCGUGAUCCACCGCGAGGACCUCCAGGGACUGAUCCUGCCCGCCAUCCACGAGAUCUUCCCGCAGUACUUCUUCCACAGCAAGUUCGUGAUGGAGGCCGAGAAGUUCGACUACGAUAUGUGGAUGAGGAUGAGCCUGUACGAGAAGGAGUACAUGGAUGUCUACCACAAGGAUACCAAAUACGGACAGGGCCACGGACAAACAUACGGACAGACAUACGGACAGGGCCUGCAGACCAGCGACUACAUGUACAUCAAGGACUUCAAGACCUGGCAAUGGUGGAAACUGAUGGGUCUGGGCGAGCACUUCCACCACGAGGACAAGUACAUCCUGCGGGAGAACAGCUACGAGUUCAACCAGGACGCCAAGUGGUUGGCCAUGAUGAAGGACGUGCAGAAGUUCUACAUGCCGGUGGACUACAGCCGUGACCUCCAGCUCACCAACUUGGAGUCCAAGCUGACCUACUUCACCGAGGAUCUGGGAUGGAACGCCUACUGGUACUACUUGAACAUGGACUACGCCUUCUACCUGGACUCCAACACCUUUGGCCUGAAAAACGACCGACGUGGCGAGUGGUGGCUGCACAAUGUGCACCAGCUGCUGGGCAGAUACCACAUGGAGCGUCUCUCCCACAGGAUGGGCGAGAUUCCCGAGUUCUCGUGGCACCACGAAAUCGAGAUGGGCUACAAUCCCCAGUUGAUCCACUACGGCGGCGUGGGCUUCAGCACCCGCAAGAACUACUACGAAAUGGAGACGCAUGGCAACUUCGAAAUGCUCGGCAGGAUCACCGGCUUCCUGAACCGCGUGCACAACAUCAUCGAUCUGGGCUACUACCUCACCAGCGAUGGCCACAAGAUCGAUCUCCGCAAACCCGAAUCCCUCGAAUUCGUGGGCAACCUGAUGCAGGGCAACAUCGACGCCGCCGACAAGAUGUUCUUCCAGUUCUGGUACCUCCUCGCCCACAUGUACAUCGCAGAAGUGGACUACCAGCAGAUGGAGGUUAUUCCCCACGUGAUGCUCAACUUCGAGACCAUGAUGCGCGAUCCUCUGUUCUACACUUUCUACAAGGAAAUCGCCGAGGUUUACCACCAGUUCACCCACCACCUGCCCAAGUACACCAAGGAGCAGCUCCUGUUGGACGGAGUGACCCUCAAGCACGUGGACAUUGGCAAGAUGACCACCUACUUCGAUUUGGUUGACCACGAUGUGACCAAUCUGCUCAACGGAAAGAUGACCUUCCACGAGGGUCAGUUCGUGUGGGACAAGGCGCUCUUCGCCCGCCAGAUGCGACUGAACCACAAACCCCUCACCCAGACCUACACCAUCGAAUCCAGCAAGGAGGAGAAGGUGGUGAUCCGUGCAUUCUUGGGUCCCAAGUUCGAUGAGUUCGGCAGGACCAUCUCGCUGGCCGACAACCGCAUGAACUUCGUGGAGAUCGACGAGUUUACCUACGAACUGAAGGCGGGCACCAACCAGAUCAUCCGCAAGUCGAACGAAUACCAAUGGACCACCAAGGAUCGCACCACCUACACUGAGCUCUACCACUACGUGAUGUUGGCCUUCGAUGGCAAGUACGAGUUCCCACUGGACAUUAGUGAGCCCCACUGCGGAUUCCCCGAUCGCCUGAUCUUGCCCAUGGGCUGGAGGAACGGAAUGCCCAUGCAGAUGUUCUUCAUGGUGACCGCUUACGAGGAACCCGAACACAAGCAAUACUCCACCUUCGACCACAUUCACUCCUGCGGCAUUGGCUCCGGAUCCCGAUUCGUGGACAGCCUGCCGUUCGGUUAUCCCUUCGACAGGACAAUCGACGAGACCGAGUUCCUCGUGCCCAACAUGUACUUCGCCGACGUGGAGAUCUACCACGAGGAGCCCAUGGAGAAGUACCAGCAGUUCAAGGGAUACACCAACCUGGGCCACUUCGACUACUCCUUCUUCCACGACUACUACACCAAGUACUCCUUCGAGCACUAGGCGCUGCUGGAGGGACAGCAAAGGACCAAGGAACGCACCCAAAUGGGAUCGUAGUUCAUAAACGAGCAAAAAGUCAAAUAAACUUUCGAAAAUCAUGAAAA